AUGUCCUCCAUCAUGUAUGCAGAGGCCGCCGGGGUCGCCAAACUAGACAUGCAUUCCAUCUUUGCGCGAACGCUGCUUGACCAAAUCGCCCACAGGAUAUCUAGUCUAGCAGACAAGGAGACCCCCUUGUAUGGAGAUUCUGCUGCCCUGGUCACUGCCGCAUGGGCCCCCUUCAACGGCCGGUACAGGGUGCUCGAGCGGUUUGUGAAGGAGGUGAGGAUACUUCGCGGCAACGACCAUGAGGACUCGGUUUCUGUGCUGGCGAUGGCGCAGCAAAAUUACCGGCUUGGGAAUAUCAAUGUCCAAGAAGAAGAUGUAACGUCAAUGUGGAAGAAAGCACUGGACACAGACUCUCUACCCCAUUGCGAAGACCGACCAAUCUAUACAUCAUUUUCACCGUCUACCUCCUGGGACCUACUAUUGAACAGCCCCGGGGUCCCGAAGUUUGCUUUAUGCGACAUCUGUCGUCCAAAUUCGAAGUCAUGGUAG